GGUAUUUUGAGCAAAACACUUCAUAGACAUGUUUUUUUAUAUAUCUGAGACCUAUGCUAUUGCCUACAAAUAGCAUGAUAGGUGCCCUUUAAUAACAAAAGCUCAAAGUCUUUAAUACAUAAUCUGGUUUUCGAGGUGAACUCAUACUGCGCAUUGGGAUGUAUUCUUAACAACCACAAAAACAAUAUGAUGAACUGUGCCAGGAAAACAAGACAAGAGGAAUUUGUUUAACAAAUAAAAAUGGAAUAAAUCACCCUGAUUAAAAAAGGUCGCACCAAAACAAGUAAAUGUCAUCACCUUGCACAUGACCGCAGCAGUGUUCCUGUGAACGCCAGCCACUGUCCAUUGUCCUGCAGAGGCCCCAUGGCUCGUAUUAUUUGCAUGUUUUACGAUCUGAUCUGUUUGUGCACGCUGUUUACAUCAUUUCACCCUGAGUCACAUCCAGAGGCGCCUGUGUUGAAGCUUCUAAUGUCGACGAUGGAAAUAUAACUUUUAGAUGAGACUAUUUUGCAAUGCCUCGGAUUAGUUGUUGUGUUUUAAAUCAUUUUGAGAAGACUGAAAUGUUUGACAUCAUCCAGCUUUCUGUUUCCCUGAGCAGAUGAUUCGAAACUAGGCUUUUGAAACCUACUCCAGAAGGACUCCAACCUGGAUUCAGAUGCUUGUUUCCAUGUUUUCCAUUUAAUUUGAGGAUUCAGUGUGGGUAGAACUACUUUCAAAACCACCUUGUUUCAGGUCUUUAGUCCAGGAUGAACCAGGACCAGGUGAUUCUUCAGACUUUCUCUCAGACUCCGAGCAUCGGGAAGAACACGAGCGUCACUUUAAUGCCUCAACAAGAGCAGCAGCAGGAUUUUGAACAUGGCUUCCAGCCUGGGGACCACGAAUCCCAAAAGGCCUUCAUUGAGUUUCGCAUCAAGCAGCUCCACAACAGACGCUUCAUGCUGCUGGAGAUGCAGCGCUUCAGGAAGAAGGACGAUGGCGUCUCCACCGCAGGGGAACUGCCCUGUGAGGACAGCGACCAGCUGUGUGAGCUGGAGAACAUCCGGAGGGAGCUGGAGCAGCUGCUGGCCAAGAAGGAGGAGCUGGAGAGACAGAAGAAUGCCUCCGAGCCCUCAGCUAACAGAGGCCCAUGUGCCCCUUCUUAUAACACUAAGGGUCCCCGUGGGGGGAUCUACAUGCUGCCCCCCCCCCAGCUGGAGAAGGAGGAAGUGGCUCCGGAGCCUGUUACAGAAACACCAGCAAACCCAGUGGUUCCAGUGGAGUGUCUUUGCCAAACCCCGGAGCAGACGAGGUGUCCAUGCUGUGGGGAGGUCGUCCUCACAGAGACCCACAGCAGGGUGGGCGAAGCUAGCUGGAUCAUUUGCUGCACGUGCGCCAUGUUAGGGGGUGUGUUUGGCUGCUGUCUCAUCCCUUUCUUCAACGACCGGUUCAAGAACGUGCAACACGUGUGUCCCCGCUGCCAGGCAAAGAUACACACCUACGAGCCAAUAUGACACGAAGGAUACUUAAUAACAGCACUGGUGUGAUCCGUACAGUGAAAUCACGAAGUUCUGUGCUUGAGUGAGGACGUCCAAGAGUUUUUGGAGCUGUCUGGGACACCACUAUUUAGCAUAUUCAGGCUUUACUUCCUGGGUUGAACUUCAGUGCUGGCAGAAAACUCCAGAGGCUCAGAUAACUUAAGGAAAACGCCCUGACUUUCUGUGUUUGUUUCACACGCCUGCCUACCAGGAUCUCUGCAGAGCAAGGACUUAAAUCUCUAAGCUUGCCAAUGCAAAGGACACUUUACUGAUGUGUGGACGAGUUGAGGGAUGUUUUUAAGGGGGAAUUAGAUCAAGUACUUAUUCAUAAUCAAUGUGUUCGCUACAGUAGAUGAUGCACUUUAAUACUUCUCUAAGCUCGCAACAACUACCAUUCAAAGCACUGCACGCAACAUGUGUUUCGUAAAGCAGGAAAUUGCUCUUCUUCUGUGGUGGGAAUCCUGUUUUCUUCCACCAAACUGAUGGAGGUGAAAAGCUGCAUAUGAUCACAUUGCAAAACCCCUUAACCCUCUGAGACCCACAUAGGACAUUUCCGUGUUUGUAUAUUUUUGUGUUUGGCCUUAUAAAUUGUAAUUUCUUUACAGUAUAAUCAAGUUUUACACAUCCCAGAAAUCAGCAUAACUUCAGCUAAUGAUAUAUGUCACUCAUAAGAGACUUAUAUACACUAUAAUAGGGGAUAUUUGAGCAUUAAAAAAAAAAAAAAA